UCGAAGAGCAUGACUGUUGGCUCUGCGCCUCUGCCUGCUAUCAAGUAAGGUGUCUGUUUCAGUUUUCAAAGGCGUCGAUUUCAGUGUACAAUCGUUUUACGUCAUCAGUUAGAGAACAUCAUUCAGAGCCGCGUCAAUCUGCAGAACAUGAUACAAAUAGCUAGCUAGAGCGCUUCAACGUACCUCGAAGCUAGCCAGCUAGCCAGGCACCAUGGCCCGCAUUGCGCCGCUCGUGCUGGUGGCGCUGCUCUCCGUGCUGGCCGCACCGUCGUCGGGGUGCUCCAGCUGCCCUACCCCGGCGACGCCUCCCCCGCCGCCGCCGCCGCCGAAGGUGACUCCCCCGCCGUCGUCCGUGCCGUGCCCUCCGCCGCCGUACUCGCCGUCGUCGCCGACGGGCAAGUGCCCCGUGGACGUGCUGAAGCUGGUGGCGUGCGUGGACGCGCUCAACGGGGUGGUGCACACGGUGGUGGGCGCCAACGCCAGCGAGACCUGCUGCCCGCUGCUGUCCGGCGUGGCCGACCUCGACGCAGCGUUGAUCCGAUCCGGAUGCUGCGCGAGUAGUAUGCGGUUGAAUAGGCAAAACUGCAGGGGUGUUUGUGUAAGAAUGAAAUGACAGAAAACGGUUUGACUUAAAAUUGGAC